AUGUUUGAAUCAACACCAGUGGAGACCUUCAAUGCAGUUUUGAGAGGAUUGGAGUUAGAGGCUAGGACGAAAGAAGCUUCUUCUUCGAUUACUAGUGAAGGCGAUUCAACGAAAUGUAGGCGUAAAAGAGGCGAAUGCUUUCAAUGUGGAGGAAGAGGGCAUAUUUCCAGAGACUGCUUCAACCAAAAUCGAAGCAUUGUAAAAACCAGAGAGAAUAAGCAGAGUACUCCUCCAGUGAGACAAGCGAAGAAAGAGAAUCAAAGCAGCAGCAAUGAACUACCUGAGUAUCAAAUGUUAGCGUUCGAUGUUGGUCCUAAGACAUAUGAUAACAAUAUGUGGAUGAUUUACUCCACAACCUCGAAUCAUAUGACUCCGUAUGAGAGGUAUUUCACCACUUUGGACAGAAGUCACAAAGCUAGGAUCAAAUUCAUGUUCGGAGAUGGUGUUAUGUCAGAAGGAAUUGGGGAUGUGGUGAUCAUGACUGAUAAAGGAAAGAAGAAGACGAUCAAGAACGUGCUUUAUGUUCCCAAGAACGACAGAAACGUGUUGAGUGUUGAUCAGUUGACACAGAGUGGCUAUGGAAUUGUAAUGACCGCGAACAAAUGCACCAUCAAGGAUCAAAAUGGAAGAUUAUUUGGUGAAACCAUGUGGGAAGAUAGAGGCUUUUUCCUUCGUUUGAAGGUAAGAAAGCCAAUAGUUGCGGCUAUGGCGGUUGCGAAUAAACAAUUUGGUCAUUUCAAAAUUCGAACUGGAAUUGAAGAGUUUUAG